UCGCUUCCACUAAUGCGUGGCAUGAAGAAUUUGGCGCGAGCUAGGCAGGUCAAGUAGUAUACACACACAGAGCCAACGGUUUACACUAGGUAGCUUCAGGCAGCAGCGCGUCAUGGCGGGGCAGGGGCAGCGGCUGACCGUGGUGCCGACGGUGACGGUGAUGGGCAUGAUCAAGGCGCGGCUGGCGGCGGCCACCCGCGGCCACGCGCUGCUCAAGAAGAAGUCAGACGCGCUCACCGUGCAGUUCCGUGCCAUCCUUAAGCGCAUCGUGGCCGCCAAGGAGGCCAUGGGGGACGCCAUGCGCAGCGCCUCCCUCUCCCUCGCCGAGGCGCUCUACGUGGCCGGCGGUCCACUCCGGCACGUCGUCCAGCAGUCCGUCUCAGGCCCCGCCCGCCUCCGAGUACGCGCUCACCACGACAACAUCGCCGGCGUCCGCCUCCCCCGCUUCGAGCACUUCCUGGUCGACGACGGAGCCAGGGUGCCAUUGCUCGCGGGGCUCGCCGGCGGCGGGCAGCAGGUGUCGGCCAGCCGCGCGGCGCACGUCCGCGCCGUGGAGCUGCUGGUGGAGCUAGCGUCGCUGCAGACGUCGUUCCUCACCCUGGACGAGGCGAUCAAGACGACCAACCGAAGGGUGAACGCGCUGGAGCACGUGGUGAAGCCGCAGCUGGAGAACACGGUCGCCUACAUCAGGGGCGAGCUGGACGAGCAGGAGAGGGAGGAGUUCUUCCGCCUCAAGAAGAUCCAGGCCGUCAAGCAGAGGGAGCUCGAGCGCCAGGUGGAGGCGGCGAAGCUCUACGCCGUGGAGAAGGUCGCGGGUGAGGUCGCGCUCAAGCGCGGCGUCUCCUUCGGCGCCGCCGCCAGCAUGUUGGAGAACGGUGGCGGCGAGAGGGACGACGACAUCAUCUUUUGAUACAGCUGCCCAAGCUAGUGCCAUGUGCUGAUGUACACAUGUUGAUAUGCAUCGUAUUUUAUAUGUAUAUAUACAAGUCCUGUGAGAAUGCAUCGAGUUCCUUCGAUAUCGGAUUUUAAAUCGAGUUUACCCGCAAAAGACGCGGCUCACAGUGUGCCCAUUUUGUAAUAUAAUCUCUGAUCUUGAAUUCAAGAAUCA